CCAAGACUCGAGAAAGACGUAAGGAACUAUAAGGAGUCGCAGAACUUUCGUUAUUUUGAGGACACACUUACGAUCUCAAUAUGUGACAAGCACUUUAAAAUGGAUUUAAAUGUAUAGAUAGUUGAUCGUGUCUAAAACAGAGCUGGUCUCUUGUUAAAUUGUGUGAUUUUUUGUUGUUUACUUUUCGUACCCGGCCGUCGUGUUGUGUUGCAAGCGGGACUUGCACACAGGACUUCACGAAACACGAUGACCAAAUUUGUGGAAUUAUGUCUGACGUUUGUGUUGGUGUGCUGGCCACACCACACCUUCGUAACAGCCCAGUGUAACUGUGGGACUGACUGUGCCACUAGUUGUGUGGCGGGACAGUAUUUCGAUUCAGGAGCGUCUGCAUGUGCUGUGUGUCCUCAAGGAAAAUACUGUACAGGAGCCGGUGCUGUUGCGAUCGACUGUCCAGCAGGGACGUACAGUGCUGCCACCGGGAACACUGCCUCGAGUGAUUGUACAGCUUGCCCGUCAGGGAAGUACCAGGAACAGACUGGACAGACAUCGUGUGAUGACUGUCCGGCUGGGAAGUCAUGUACAGCAUCCGUCGCCUCCAACUGUGCUGCAGGAACGUAUUCGACGGGAGGACAGACAACCUGUACGAACUGUCCCAUAGGAAGCUCAUGUCCCUCCGCGUCCACCGCUCACACUGUAUGUUCCGACGGAUAUUACACCUCCUCCACAGGCCAGACCUCAUGCUCCCAAUGUCCAGCUGCAAAUGAAUGUCCAAACCACGGAGCUCCAGUCCAGUGUGUUGCCGGACUGUACAGUACGCUCGGAUCCGGGAAAUGCUUACCUUGUGAAGAAGGAACUUACAGCUCCUCAGCAGGAUCCAUUUCCUGUACGCAGUGUACAGAAGGGCACUUUUGUGGAAAUGCGACUUCGACCCCGACACCUUGCGCAACUGGUUAUGUAGCACCUACUGGUUCCUCCACCUGUACAUUAUGUAGUUCAGAUAAAGUAGCAGACAGCAACCAGGCCCUCUGUGAAUCCUGUCCGGCUGGAAAGGCCUGUACCAACCCUGCAUCAACACCAGCAGACUGUGCGUCCGGUACCUAUUCACUAUUAGGGGAUGCCAGCUGUACCAACUGUCCCGCAGGGUCUAAAUGUUCUGUUAACAACGUAGCACCAGUCGCCUGUAGCUCAGGUGAGUACUCGGUAGCCGGACAGACAGCUUGUACAGCCUGUCCCGGAGGCCACUCCUGUGCCGAUGCUACAUCAACACCUGUACUCUGUGCUUCGGGGGAAUACAGUCCCUCAGGAACAAUGACCUGUAUCACCUGUACAGCGGGGAACUACUGCCCCCAAGGAGCAGACGUAGAGACGAGUUGUGCUGUCACUGGGUUUUAUUCAGCAGCAGGAGCAUCUAGCUGUACGCAAUGUCCAGCAGGAAGUUCCUGUACGACCACAGCCGCGACAGCUUGUUCCGCUGGAUCUUACUCCCUUCUGGGCGAGGAAACCUGUACUACCUGUCCGGCAGGAAAUGAAUGUACAAACCAGGGGAUUUCACCUGUGGCCUGUACCAGUGGAACAUACAACCUAGCAGGGUCCUCUACGGCCUGUGUCCAGUGUCCCGGAGGCUCCUACUGCCAAUCUACAACCGUCAGUCCUUCCUUGUGUGCCUCAGGUUACAACAGCAAUCCUGGAUCAAUAUCAUGUACACAGUGUCCAGCGGGAUAUGCCUGUCCAGACUUGGCGGACCUAACCAAGAACUUCCUUUGUGGUGCAGGCCAGUAUUCAGCAGCAGGAGAAAUGACCUGUACGGACUGUGCAGCCGGCUCUUACUGUCCCAGUACAGAGUCAGCAAUCGUUAUAGAAUGUCCUUCUGGGUACUAUUCCUUGGCCAAUGCCACAAGCUGUAUUGGUUGUCCAGCUGGGUCAAAAUGUCCCAAUAAGAACGGCGUCGGCAUCGAGGUGUGUAACGCCGGAACCUACGCCACAGGUAACUCCGUAGCCUGUACAGACUGUCCACCUGGCUUCUACUGCCCCCUGACAACCUCAGACCAGUCCAUCGAAUGUUCUCCUGGAACUUACUCCGUUGGAAUACAGACUUCAUGUACAGAAUGUCCGACAGGAACUGAAUGCCCUUUCACCGACCAGAGCACCCAGAUUCUGUGUGCACUAGGGACCUUUUCUGUAGGCAACCAAACAUCGUGUACCCAGUGUGCUAUAGGAUACGAGUGUCCAGACCCCUUCACUAACAGUAGUACUCCAUGUGCAGCCGGCUAUUACUCUAAUGGAGGACAGGAACAGUGUACGAUGUGUCAGGAAGGCCAAUACUGUGAAUUUACGACACAAGGCGGUUUAGACUGUGCUGAAGGAUUAGUUAGCACGGACGCUUCUACCAACUGUACAGCGUGUACUGCCGGGUACUACUGCCCCACUACCAGAUACUCCCAAAUGACUGAAUGUCCGGAGGGAUAUUAUUCUAUCGCUGGACAGAUAAAAUGUUCGAAAUGUGAUCCUGGGUAUCAGUGUCCGAUGGCUUCUACUACUCCAGCGCCACCUGAUGGCCUGUGUAACAAGGGAGGCUACUGCCCUGAUGGUAAACUCUUUGUAGCCUGUAAUCCGGGGAAAUACAACGCCUUCAACGGAUCAACAGUGGAGACCCAGUGUUCUCCCUGUCCGGCAGGGUACUACUGUGACCAGCAGGGACUGGAGGACUACUCAUUGUACCUGUGUCCUGUGGGGGCCUAUUGUCCAUCCGGAACUGUCGAUCCCACCAAUUGUCCAGGUGGUACCUACAAUGACCAGGGAAAUGCGACACGGUUGAGUGACUGCAAGGUGUGUCCUGCUGGAUACUACUGUCCCGAUGGCACUGGCGACCAGGGAACCAUUUGCCCCAAAGGGUUCUACUGUCUGGCCGGUCAGACUGACCCUACCGUGAAACCGUGUCCUGUGGGGACCUAUGGUCCAGCCGAGGGAUUCAGCAAUGAAACACAGUGUACAGAGUGUCCCGCGGGACACUUCUGUCCUGCUGGCUCCGGAGUCGCUCCGACAGAAGCUCCUACAAAAUGUUCCGCGGGGAAGUACAACCCUGACACAGGAAGUGGACUGGAACUCAACUGCAAGCUGUGUGACUCUGGGAGGGCUUGUCCUUGGGAAGGUCAAAUCAACUCGACACACGAUUGCCAGGAAGGUUACUUCUGUCCAGUUGGGACUUCGACCCCGGAUCAGUUUCCUUGCUUCCCAGGAACAUUCACCAACAGGACAGAUUUAACGAGUGCGGAAGACUGUGAACUUUGUCCUCAAGGAUACUACUGUGAAUGGGCCACAACUGGCAUGGGAACAGUGGACGGACCGCAGAACUGUAGACGAGGGUUCUAUUGUCCGCAGGGAUCCCCAAAUCCGGAGCAGUUUCCCUGUCCAGCAGGAACAUAUUCGGACGCUGCUAACCUAUACCAGGCUAGCCAAUGCACACCUUGUCCAGCCGGAUACUACUGCACAGGUGGUCAAAACAUGACGACAGGAAUUUGUCCAAUCGGCUACUACUGUCCCGAGUCCACUAUCAACGGGGAACAAUACGGCUGUCCGAACGGGACGUACAACAAUCUAGUGGGAGCGAUGGGCCUCAGCAACUGUACAAACUGUACACAGGGUCACUACUGCGAGUUUCGUACCACAGUUCCGGAGAAGUGCCAGCCGGGAACAUACAUGCCAUGGGGUACAGAUGGUUCUGGGAACAUGAUUGGUCCAGAGUCAGCCAAGCGACAGUUUGACUGUUUGGACUGUCCUGGAGGGUCCUACUGUGGAGAAGGGACCAUUACCCCACAUGAUUGUGGAACAGGUCUUUAUUCUAAAGUGGGACAAUUUGAAUGUAAAACCUGUAUAAUGGGUCAUUAUUGUGACAAUGUUACGACGUCUGAGAGUGACAUGUUGAAUGAAAAGGUCUGUCAUCAAGGUCACCUGUGUGGAGAGGGACUGACUUCCAUGUCUUCGGCAGCCGUCUGUAUACCGGGAACUUACUGCCCAGCAGGUACUCUUGAGAUGAUAAAUUGUCCUGUGGGUACGAUUCAGAAUGAGACGGCGCGAUGGGAUGUAACACUGCACUGUCUCCCGUGUCCUGCCGGCUCCUACUGUCUGGCCGCGUCAGCGUCUAUAACUGGUUUGUGUGAUAUGGGCUACUACUGUCCUAGUCCUGUCGAUACUGUCUACCUAACUCCUCCCGCGAAGAUCGGAGCUUACGGACCACAGCAGAUUCCCUGCCCCCAAGGGACCUACGCCGACGUGACAGGUACUCCGGACGAAGCUAGUUGUAAACCGUGUCCCGCUGGGUACUAUUGUCCCCUAGCCAGUACAGCCACCUUGAACUGUCUACAAGGUUACUACUGUCCCGCUAAUUCCUCGGCUCCGACCUCCUGUCCUAUUGGACGUUACGGAAAUGCUUCAAACCUGAUGGCGAUGGAUGACUGUAAUCUCUGUGACCCGGGUUUCUACUGUGACGCCCCAGGUUUACUCAGUCCCCGCGACCAGUGCGACCCGGGUUUUGUGUGCUUCAGUGGAGCGUCAACCUCUGGACCGACGGACGGUGUAACGGGAGACCGCUGUCCUGCCGGUGGAUACUGUCUAAAAGGAUCCUUUGAGGCGAAACCCUGUCCUAUGGGUACCUACAGUAAUGUGUCCGGGUCGGUAGAUAAGUAUGACUGUACCGACUGCGACCCAGGGUACUACUGCUCACAACUGUCGGGAGGCGCCCCAACGGGCCCGUGUAAUGCUGGGUGUUACUGCACGGGAGCUGCAACCAAUGCUUGUCAAUUUGCCACAGAGGCAGGUUAUUUUUCACCAGCGGCUUCCAGCUUGGUAACAGAGUGUUUGGUGGGGACCUACAAUCCAUUACCACAACAGGGAGCAUGCUUAACCUGCCCAGCAGGGUCAUACUGUCAAGAUAAAGCCAUGAAUUACUCCAUCAUCUGCCCCAGCGGUCAGUACUGUCCGGAGGGGAGUCAGAUUCCAUCUGAUUGUCCACCAGGGACUUUCUUGAGUCAACAAGGAAUGAUCAGCCUCGACAACUGCACUAACUGUCCCGCAGGUUUUUACUGUCAAGAUCGCGGUGCUUCCAACUACACAGCGGAGUGUAAGGCUGGACACAUCUGUUACGGGUCUGCCGAGUCAAGGGAUCCUGUAUACAACAACGACCCAACUGGAAACAAAACCCUCAUUCUCUAUGGCGACUCAUGUAGUCCUGGUUACUACUGUCCCCAGGGCACCGCUGUCAUGAUCGAGUGUCCAGUUGGCACCUACAACCCCGAUCGUAGUGGUCAGUCUGUAGCCAACUGUCUACCUUGUGACCCAGGACGGUACUGUAACAACACAGCUCUUACUGAAACGACAGGGUUAUGUUCGGCCGGGUAUUAUUGUAAGGGAGGUGCCUGGUUACCCUCUCCUGUCGACAACACAACCGGCGACAUCUGUCCUCAGUUCAAUUAUUGUCCGGCGGGAGCAGACUUGCCAAAAAUCUGUGACAUUGGUUACUAUGCCAACACCACUGGAAUGUCAGCCUGUCAACUAUGUCUGGCGGGGUAUAUCUGUUACCCAGGAGAGGCUCCUACCAUUUGUCCACAGGGAAAGUACUGCCCGGCUAGUACCCUGUCAGAUCCUCUUGACAACCCAGAUGCAUGUCCUAUAGGAACCUACAGUACUGACGUGGGGUUAUCUCUAUCCACUGAGUGCCUCGACUGUAAACCCGGAUAUUACUGUGAUGAAAUCGCAUUGGUGAAUGUCACUAAGAAGAUAGCUGCUGGAUGGUGGUCUGUAAGUGGGGCCACAGUGGCCCAGCCUGACGACUACCUGGAGCUGCGAGGAAAGUGUCCUAAGGGUUUCUAUUGUAUGGAGGGUACCAGUUCUCCCCUUCCCUGUGCUCCAGGAAGUUACGGGCCAUCAUUCUGGUUGAAGUCUGAGGCGGAGUGUACGGCGUGUGACGGAGGAUAUUAUUGUACUGGUAGUAACAUGACCACCACUGGCAACCCCUGUACGGCAGGUUACUACUGUAGUAGUGGCUCACCAGAGGCCGCCCCAGUCAACCAGACGUGGGGAGACAUCUGUCCCACAGGUUACUAUUGCCCAGCUGGGACCCAGGACCCAAUACCAUGUGACGCUGGAAAGUAUGCUAAUGCGACAGGAAGUACAUCAUGUCUAACCUGCCCGGCGGGUUACUACUGUACCGUCAACACUAGUGACCCUAUACCAUGUCCGUCUGGUCACUACUGUGAGGUGGGGUCAACGCUACCAUACUCCCUACCCUGUCCUAUCGGGAAAUUCAACAACUUGACCGGCAUGAAUGCUCUGGCUGAUUGUCAGACAUGCAGUCCAGGAAUGUACUGUGAGACACAGGGACUUGCUUGGCCGACUAAUUACUGUGAUGGUGGAUGGUUUUGUACAGGAGGGGCCACCUCUAAACAACCUCCUGAUCCCCUCACCGGGGGACAAUGUACCGUUGGAAACUUCUGUCCUAAUGGAAGCUCUGCAGAAAUCUCCUGUACCCCAGGAAUGUACUGUGACAAUGUCGAGUUAUCUGCUCCUGCGGGAAACUGUUCUGCGGGACAUUACUGCCCCCUAGGCUCCUCCUCUCUGUCAGCACUCCCCUGCCCCAUGGGUAAGUUCUGUAUCGCCGGAAGUAGCGUUGGUGAUGACUGCCCACCAGGUACAUUCCUAAACGUCACCGGGGGUUCCGACGUCUCAGAUUGUCUCCCCUGUUACCAAGGCUACUACUGUGCAGGUUAUGGAAAUAUCAUGGCAACUGCACAGUGUGACGCUGGAGUCUACUGUCCUUCUGGAAUGAACCUGUCCAGUCCUGCUGAGUAUACUUGUCCCGAGGGACAUCAUUGUCCAAUCGGAAGUCAUGAAGCCAUUCGCUGCCUGUCCGGUACGUACCAGGAUGAGACAGGAAAAGGGUCAUGUAAGGAUUGCCCUGCUGGCUACUACUGUGACAAUACCAUGGCCCCAGUUGUCCUCUACAACAACACCAUUUGUCCAGAAGGUUACUACUGUCCACUAAACACUAAGUACAGUUCAGAAUUUCCGUGUCCCAGCGGCACUUUCGGCAACAUUACCGGCUUCCAGCAAGUCGGCGACUGUAUUAACUGUCCAGGAGGAUAUUAUUGUGCCAUGCCGGCCCAGACAGACUACAGCCAAAUCUGUAACGCAGGGUACUUUUGUAAGCAGGGCGCAACAUCCGGGACUCCGUCACAGGGAGCUGAUGCUGACGAGUGUCCGGCCGGUCACUUCUGUCCACAGCAGACGGCUGAACCACAGAAAUGUCCACAGGGAACGUUCUCUAAUAACACAAAGCUAACAGCACAGUCCCAAUGUACCAACUGUACAGCGGGAAGCUACUGUGCUGAUCAGAACAUGAUGGAACCGUCGGGUCUGUGUUGGGGCGGAUACUACUGUACAGAGGGUGCCGAUAGUCCCACCUACAUCACAUGUCCUGAGGGGGCAUUCUGUCCCAACGGUAGCGACACCUACAGUCUCUGUCCCCAGGGAACUUACUCAAACGUGACCCACUUGACCAACAGCACCGAAUGUCUACCGUGCCCCGGAGGUUCUUACUGUGAAACCACGGGUCUCACAGCACCAACUGGCUUGUGUGGGGAAGGUUACUACUGCCCAGAGGGGACAGUUGACAAGGAGCCGCCCACCACCUUCUGUCUCGUAGGGCACUACUGUCCUGAAGGAGUGUCCCAGCCGAUUCCAUGUCGCAACUACACACAGGUGAACCAUACCCAUGCUGUCCAGUGUAACGCCUGUCCGGCCGGGUUCUAUUGCGACCUGACAGGACUCAGCACCAUCUGCCCUGCUGGCUACUACUGCCCGGCAGGAACGGGGAUCGACUGGAAGUCAUGUCCAAGGGGCACAUACAAUGACAUAGAGGGUAUUAGCGACGAGUCUCAGUGUAAACCCUGUCCCGCUGGAAAAUACUGCGACGGAGAACACCUCACGACUUCCACAGGUGACUGUGCCCCAGGCCAUUGGUGUGUAUAUGGCAUCGACCGACAGUUCCCCGACGGAAACAACCAGUCGUCAUCAGUGUGGAACAUCUCCUGCUACGAUGACCGUCAGCUUGGGUACGGAGGAAUCUGUCCCGUGGGGAACUACUGUCCCGGAGGUACAUCCAGCGUGUACCCCAUACCAUGUGAGAACGGCACUUAUGCUGAUACCACGGGAAUGGCUGCCUGUACCACAUGUCCAGCAGGUUAUUUCUGUGGAGAAGGAACGUCCAACUAUACUGACACGCCUUGUCCUGCUGGUCACUACUGCCCGGCUGGUACUGGCUACUGGAACCAGUAUCCCUGUAGUGCUGGCACUUACAAUAACCUGACCAUAAGGACCUCGGUUGUCGACUGUCUCAGCUGUCCUGGUGGAGAAUACUGUGAACAGACCGGUUUGAGGUACCCGUCUGGUCUGUGUAUGGCUGGCUACUUCUGUGACUCGGGAUCUGCCACAGCCACUCCCUCGGGUAUCGGUGGAAACAACUGCUCUGCAGGCUACUUCUGUCCUGAAGGGUCAACAAACCCCACCCCAUGUACCCCAGGGUCGUACUGUGGCAAUGACCUCUUGAACAUGACCUCUGGCCUCUGUGACCCCGGAUACUACUGUACUCAGAUGGCGACAGUUUCCAACCCAACUGAUGGAAACGUGACAGGUGACAUCUGUCCCACCGGGACCUACUGUCCAGCAGGAAGCACCGCACCGCUCCUCUGUCAGGCCGGAACGUACCUCAACAGCACCGGUAAUGAUGCUGACACAGACUGUGUAUCGUGUGUUGCCGGGAGUUACUGUAGCGGCAGUGGAAACAGCGUUCCUGACGGACUGUGCAGUGCUGGGUAUUACUGCCCCGGGGGUCAGGACAACCCAACACCAUCCAGUUACAACUGUACCCAGGGGCACUACUGUCCCGAGGGGAGCGUCACACCCCUCAGAUGUUCGUCAGGGUCGUACCAGGAUGACAUUGGACAGGCGUGGUGCAAGGCCUGCCCCGCUGGAUAUUUCUGUGACAGUACGAUGGACCCUGUUGUACUUUAUAAUAAUUCAUACUGUCCUACUGGGUUUUACUGUGCAGAAAAUACAACCAUGUCGUCGGAGUUCCCCUGUCCAACAGGAACCUUCAACAACAUCACACAUAGGACAAUGGUGUCAGACUGUACGCCCUGUAGUGGGGGAAUGUACUGUGACCAGGUCGGUCUCGCAGUUCCUGUAGGAAGUUGUGCGGCUGGAUAUUUCUGUUUAUCAGGUGCCAACAGCUCUGCACCAACACAAGGCUCUGACGCGGACAUCUGUCCUCAAGGUUUCUACUGCCCUGUCGGGACUGUUAGCCCACAGUCCUGUCCCCCAGGAACCUAUAACCCCACCACAGGCAGGCAGUCUGUAGACGAGUGUACCAACUGUACUGGUGGAGCUUACUGUCCCGACUAUAACAUGACCGCACAAGGACCUGACUGUCAAGCUGGUUACUACUGUCCCACCAAAGCUGAUGUGGCUCAGUUUAUCCAGUGUCCCGAGGGUUCCUACUGCCCGACAGGAAGUGACCAGCCUACACCGUGUGCUGCUGGCUCAUUCUCCAACAUGACUGGACUGACCGCUCAGUCCGGCUGUACAAACUGCACGGCUGGAUUCUACUGCCCAACAUCAGGUAUGACAGAGACAUCGUUACAAUGCUGGGGGGGAUACUACUGUCCCGAAGGAAUGUCCGUCCCCAACCCUGGGGCAUACAUCUGUCCUAGAGGCAUGCACUGUCCAAACGGCAGUGAAAUAUACAAGGAGUGUCCUGACGGGUCUUACACUAAUUACACUGGUGCCGCGUCGUGCGACGUAUGUCCUGCUGGUUUCUACUGUCUCCCUGUCCAGCCUGCCAACGAUACACUCAAUGCCCAGACCUGUCCGAAUGGCUACUUCUGUCCCGCUGGGACUGGAAUCAAUUGGAUGUCGUGUCCCAGUGGUUCCUAUAGCGACCAGUCCGGACUGUACCAAGUGGACCAGUGUAAGGCCUGUACUGCUGGGAUGUACUGCCAGGGCGAACAUCUGACCGCACCCACUGCAAACUGUUCCGCAGGAUACUACUGUACAUCCGGAGUAGAUCGGCCACGACCAGGAGCGACCAAUGACAGCGUAGCAGCCAACUGCACAUGCCCAGACCAGGCAUUCUACACCGGAGUUGGAGGAAUGUGCCCUCUGGGUCACUACUGUCCGGACGGUUCUGCCACACCCACACCCUGUGCAGCCGGGACCUACGGAGAGAGUACAGGACUGUGGGAGUGUGCCCAGUGUCUCCAGGGAUACUACUGUCUGGUCAAUGCCACCGAAUACUUGUCCACUCCCUGUCCUGCUGGUCACUAUUGCUCCAAUGGAACGACGUAUAGGACCCAGUACAGGUGUCCUCCAGGGACGUACAACCCCAACACACUUGGCACGUCAUUGACCGACUGUCGCGACUGUGACGCAGGACAAUACUGUCAAGGUUACGCCAAUAUUGCACCCACCGGUAACUGUUCUGCUGGCUGGUACUGCACCGCAGGAUCUGACAGCCCUAACACCACCACCAGUGGCGGGAUCUGUCAGCCAGGUUACUACUGUCCAGAAGGUUCAAGCAGUCCCACCCCAUGUCCAGGAGGGAAAUACUGUCAGUUUGAAGGUCUGGACACGCCCACAGGGAACUGCUCCGCCGGGUACUACUGCUCGGCUAAGGCAUCUUCUCUGACUCCCCCUGGGGAUAGUACCGGUGAUGUCUGCCCCCCGGGGUACUACUGUGAGGAGGGAUCUCUGGCUCCCACCCCCUGUAACCCAGGCACCUAUAGUCCUAGUACUGGGAACAGAGCCGUCAAUGAUUGCCUGGCGUGCUCCUUCGGAGAGUAUUGUGGCGACUACAAUCUCACAGCGACAACAGGUAACUGUAGCCAAGGUCACUACUGUCCGGAGGGACAGACAACAGACACGCUCUACCAGUGUACUGUCGGUCACUACUGUCCGGAAGCUACCUCCAGCCCUAUCCUGUGUCCAAGCGGGUUCUACCAGGAUCAAGUUGGUCAAUGGACAUGCAAGUUGUGUCCGCAGGGAUACUACUGUGAUAACAGUCUGGGAGUAGUGGUCAUCAACGAAACCAUCAAGUGUCCGACUGGCUACUACUGUCCUACAGGCACUGUAAGGAGUGACCAGUACCCCUGUCCUCUGGGUACUUACAACAACAUGACCGGGCUAAACCAGAGCUCUGACUGCACACCGUGUUCCGCAGGGUACCACUGCAGUAUUGUCGGCCAAUCAGAACCUGUCGGACUGUGUGCUGCGGGAUACUUCUGUCAACAGUACGCAGAACUGUCAACACCUAAUAACACUGGCUUUGCUGGCAUCUGUCCUCAAGGUUCCUACUGUCCUGAGGGAACCUUCAACCCUAUCGACUGUCCAGUUGGGACAUACGGCGGUCUGGAGGGUCUGACCAAUGUGACCGAAUGUACAGAUUGUACCGGUGGUCAGUACUGCGAGAUUCCUGGACUGACCACGCCACAAGGAGAUUGUACUGCUGGCUACUUCUGUACAGGAGGGUCAGACUCGAGGGUCAAGGAAUUGUGUACGGCUGGUAAUUUUUGUCCCACUGGAACUCAGACGCCCCAAAGAUGUCCCGAGGGAACUUUCAAUCCCUACCUUGGUCUGAACAGUACAGAAUACUGUACACCAUGUACAGCGGGCCAGUACUGCGAGACUGAGGGCCUGAAUGCCACAACGGGACCAUGUGAGGCAGGAUACUACUGCCCAGGGGGACAGAACUUCUCCCGCCCCGCGGACUACCCUUGUACAGUGGGCAAUUUCUGCCCUAUCAACUCCUCAGAGCCGAUGCCCUGCGCCAAUGGUACAUACAUGAACCAUACCAUGGCGUCUGAAUGCUAUACUUGUCCUGCUGGCUGGUAUUGUCGCUCUGGUAACCUGGUCGACCUGUGUCCGAUCGGUCACUUCUGUCCAGCUGGCACUGGGUUCGACUGGCAGCAAUGUCCAGUGGGAACCUAUAACAAUGAGACUGGUUUGACCAUGUCCAGCGAGUGUAAGCCGUGUCCAGGGGGGAGUUACUGUGACUUCAUGGGUAUGUCGACGACAACAGGCUUAUGUGACGCGGGACACUACUGCGAGUACGGUGUAGACAGACGUGAUCCGACGGGAGGAAACGCCACCACCAUUAACGGCACUUGCCAAGUAGCAGGUGGAGAGACUGGAGUGGGUGGGAUCUGUCCGGAGGGACACUACUGUCCCCAGGGAACAACAACACCUCUCCCAUGCGGACAGGGAACAUUCAGCAACGUCUCUGGAUUAGCUUCCUGUCAUCAGUGCCCAGCCGGCUACUACUGUGUACAGGGGUCCGUGACCUACGUGGACAGCCCUUGUCCCUCCGGCCACUACUGCCCUGCUGGUACUUACGUGUCUUCUCAGUUCCCAUGUCCCGCCCAGACCUACUACAACCUCACUAUGGCUCGGGAACUCAGCGAUUGUCUCUCCUGUCCAGGGGGAGAAUACUGCAACACUGAUGGACUCUCAGCACCGACUGGCCUUUGUUCUUCAGGGUGGUACUGUACUAGUAACUCCAGCCUCGCCAUGCCGUCUGCUCCCGAGGGUGGUCAGUGCCAGGCCGGAUUUUAUUGCCCCACUGGGUCGUAUGAACCUCAGCAGUGUAGCCCUGGCAAGUACUGCCUGACUGUAGGACUGGACACGCCCACUGGAAACUGCUCUCAAGGAUACUACUGCACGCUGGAGGCCUCCGUAGCCACCCCCACAGACAAUGUAACCGGUGCCAUCUGUCCAGUCGGACACUAUUGUGAGGAAAUGAGUUCUGCUCCCUCCCCCUGUCCCGUGGGAUAUUACCAGGACGUCCUGAUGCAGGAUGAAAUCGCUGACUGUAAGAUAUGCAUUGGAGGGAAUUACUGUCCAAGCCCUGGGGCUGAACUGCCCGCUGGAAACUGUACUGCAGGGUUCUACUGUCCAGUAGGUCAAAACUCUUCCACGCCUGAUGACUACAGAUGUCUAGUUGGCCAUUACUGUCCUGAGGGGUCCGAGUCAGCCAUUCGCUGUGAGAACGGCACGUACCAAGACCAAGAUUCACAGAGUACAUGUAAACAGUGUCCGGCCGGAUAUUUCUGUGACAACACCAUGGGGAUCGUCGUCCUUGACAACAGCACUACCAUCUGUCCCAUGGGAUACUACUGUCCAGCAGGAACACGCUACAACAAUGAGUUCCCGUGUCCUAUCGGCACUUUCAACAACCGGACAGGUCUGAGUGUGGUGACCGAUUGUACACCAUGUUUGGGCGGAUACCACUGUCCCAUGGUCGGCAUGGUAACACCAGUGGACAUGUGUGAUGCAGGACAUUUCUGUAAGCAGUAUGCCAACAUAUCGGCUCCCGACCAAGGAGCUGACGCCAACAUCUGCCCAGAGGGUUCUUACUGUCUUGUCGGGACUUCGACUCCAAUCCCCUGCCCCAAGGGAACGUACAGUAAUGGUACCGGUCUACAGGCUGAGGCUGACUGUACCCAGUGUCCCGCGGGCUGGUACUGUGACCAGCCAGGCAUGCUCAACGUCACUGGACCAUGCGAGGCAGGGUACUACUGUGAAUUGUCCUCCAACCACUCAAGAAGGACCAUCUGUCCAGCAGGCAGCUACUGUCCCGAGGGGUCGGGCUGGCCCUCGCCCUGUGACCUUGGGACUUACAGUAACACUGUGGGGCUUGUUAACUCCAGCCAGUGUACCGACUGUGACCCAGGCAGCUACUGUAAUGAUACAGGCUUGAUCACACCCACUGGAUCAUGUGACGGUGGUUUCUACUGCCCUGGAAGAGACACUGUGCAGAACCCUGUAGCUACGCCUUGUCCAGUUGGCCUACACUGUCCUAUAGGUAGUGGCUUACCAGUACCUUGUGAACCUGGAACAUUCGCCAACUUUACGCAGGCGUCUAUGUGUCUUACGUGUCCGGAAGGUUUCUAUUGUGUACCUGAAGAAGUCAUCCAAGGUAAUUCCACAACUGGUCAUCGUUUAUGUUCUCGUGGGUUUUACUGCACUGCCGGUACUGGUCGUAACGAGUCCGCAUGUCCGGCUGGGACAUACAGUAACCAGUUAGGCCUCGUCAUGGAGUCAGAAUGUCAGCAGUGUACUGGAGGCAUGUACUGUGACGUUACUAACCUCACCGCCCCUGUCGCGGAUUGUACUGCAGGGUACUACUGUGAGACUGGCGUGGACACACCCACCCCUACAGGGAACCACACAGGUACCGGCGGGAUCUGUCCGAUCGGUUACCAGUGUCCACGAGGCACUAUCGUACCACAAGGAUGUGACGCAGGAUCUUACCAGGACGAGAGUAACCAGGCAUCGUGUAAGUCGUGUCCAGCAGGUUACUACUGUAUCGCCAACAGUACGACAUACUCGGACAAACCGUGUCCAUCCGGUCACUACUGUCCAGCCAAGACAUCAUACGACACCCAAUUCCCGUGUUCUGCUGGAACAUUCAACAAUCUGACUGGUAAAUCUAAUUCCAGCGCCUGUGAGCCAUGUACCCCUGGAUCUUACUGUGGUUCCCCAGGGAUGAGCUCCCCCACAGGGCUUUGUGACCCUGGCUGGUACUGUACUCUGGGGUCUAGCCUCGCUCAAACUUUGACUGACGGUGGAAAAUGUGUAGCAGGAACUUACUGCCCCAUGGGAAGCUCCGCCCCUGUGGGAUGUGACCCGGGUAUGUACUGCAACGUUGACAUGAUGAGUUUGCCCACGGGGAACUGUUCUGCCGGAUAUUAUUGUGAUACCAACUCCACCACAAGUCAACCGACGGGCACCGGAGGUAACCAGUGUCCUUCGGGUCACUACUGUGUAGAGGGAAGCUCUGCCCCCGAACCUUGUACCCCAGGCUACUUCCAGCCCAGUAUGGGUGCCCAGAAUUCUACGUGGUGUCUAGCUUGCACAGCUGGAUAUUAUUGUAACAGUAGUGGGCUGGCAGUGGAGGAUGGCAUGUGUGAUGCAGGUUACUAUUGCCCCGAGGGCCAGGUUGUGAGGAACCCGAGCGCGUAUGAGUGCCCCGUUGGCUACAAAUGUCCGACAGGUUCGAGUAUCUAUCAGUUGUGCCCGGCUGGAUUCUACCAAGACGAGAUGAGACAAGACACAUGCAAGGAGUGUGUCGAGGGAUUUUACUGUGACAACUCCGUCGGACCUAUAUCUAACUACACCGAGUACAUCUGUCCCGAGGGGCACUACUGUCCUAAUGGGACCAAGGUCGCUAAUGAGUUCCCAUGUCCAACAGGCACCUUCAACAACCAGACUGGCCUGAGAUGGGACUCCGAGUGUAUGGCCUGUACUGGUGGACUGUACUGUACAGCGGGCACUGUCGUCCCGUCAAUGCCAUGUGCCGCAGGAUACUACUGUCGCACGGCCGCCCAAACAGCCGCACCUUCUCAGGGGUCAAAUGCUGAUCCCUGUCCAGUCGGUCACUACUGUCCGGAGCAGACCACUGAACCCAUCAAAUGUCUACCAGGAACCUUCUCCAACAACACCAAGCUGAUGAAUGUCACAGACUGUAACUCAUGUACCAUAGGUUCGUAUUGUAAUGAUUCGGGACUGAUUGAGCCGACGGGGCUGUGCGCACCAGGUUUCUUCUGUAUCGAGGGAUCCGACAACAGUUCACCACAGAUCUGUACAGCAGGACGUUACUGUCCGGAGGGCACCCACACACCUGUUAGGUGUCCAGCUGGGACAUUCUCUAACAGCACAGGACUGACCGCUUCGGGCGAAUGUACAAACUGUACAGGAGGCAGCUACUGUACACAAACCGGGCUCACUGAUGUUGAGGGCAACUGUACAGCUGGUUACUACUGCCCAGAAGGGUCAAGUACACAUAAUGCUAUCAUCUGUUCUAUCGGCCUGCAUUGUCCCGAGGGAAGUGACCAGCCCCUGGCCUGUGAAGCUGGAACCUUCACCAACAGUACAGGGAUGUCUUCCUGUAACAUCUGUCCUGACGGAUUCUACUGUGUGGCUCAGAAUGUCAGCGCUGGAAUUCCAGAAUCAGGAUAUUUUAAUUGUCCGAUGGGCUACUACUGUCCUGCUGGAACUGGACUUAAUUGGCAGCCUUGCCCGAAGGGGACCUACAGCCAACAAACUAACCUCUAUAUGGUGAACCAGUGUAAGGACUGCGAUGGCGGUUAUUAUUGUUCAGAAGAGGCUGCCACCAAUACGACAGGACUGUGCCAGGCUGGUUAUUACUGUCAAUCAGGUGUCGACCGUGCCAACCCCGACAACGCAGCCGUAAACAGCACAUACCCUCCAUCAUGUCCUCUGAUUGGUGGCCACACAGGCUAUGGGGAUAUCUGUCCCCUUGGUUACAAGUGUCCUGAAGGAAGUGACGCCCCUAUUGGUUGUCCCGCUGGGGAGUACCAGGAUGAGACGACUCAGAGCACAUGUAAAGCAUGCCCAGCAGGAUACUACUGUCUGGCUAACUCGACUGACUACACAGACAAGUCCUGUAACAGUGGAUACUAUUGUCCUGAAAACACCACACAGAAGUAUGCUAAUCCCUGCUCCGCUGGAACAUUCAACCCCGCCACAAACCAGGUCAACUCCUCAGCUUGUGUGACAUGUACACCGGGGAAAUACUGUCAGACCACAGGGUUGUCUGCCCCUACUGGAAACUGCAGUGGAGGGUACUACUGUUCAGGUGGAGCCACCAGUCCCAGCCCUACCGAUCCAAGCAUGGGAGGAACCUGUUCGUUAGGCCAGUAUUGUCCGGAGGGAAGUGAGGCCGCUAUUGAGUGUACACCGGGAAUGUACUGUCAGGGUAUCCGGCUCACAGAACCCACUGGAAACUGUUCUCAGGGUUACUACUGUAAUGGCAGCACCGCAUUUAGCAUGCCCCCAGAUGGUACCACUGGUGGAAACUGUCCUACAGGCUAUUAUUGUCCUGAGGGAAGUGCUUAUCCUACGCCUUGUCCGAUUGGUUACUAUCGAGGGUCUAUCCGUGGAACCAAUCCCUCAUCCUGUACCAUCUGUACCAAAGGAAAGCAUUGUGACUCGGAGGGCCUAGGAGCGCCAGCCGGAGACUGCGCCCCGGGAUACUACUGCCCUGCCGGUCAGACUUCAGUCACACCUGCCAACUUUAGCUGUGACCCAGGCUACUUCUGUGUGGGGGGCAAAGAGGCACAAGAGGCCUGCCCCUCGGGCACCUACCAGGACAACCCUGGUCAGUCUGAAUGUCUGACCUGUCCACAGGGCUACUACUGUAAUGCUACAUUUGGACCUGUGGUCAACUACGCAGCCACGGUGUGUCCUGAGGGAUACUACUGUCCGAACGGCACAGAGCAUGCUGACCAGUAUCCAUGUCCUAAAGGAACAUUCAACAACAGGACAGGUUUGACCAACUCGUCUGAUUGUUCGCCCUGCACUGGGAGGUGGGCUUGUGAUCAGGUCGGACUGACGUACCCCUUACAGCUGUGUUCAGCGGGCUACUUCUGUCGAGAGGGUGCUGAUUCUACAACACCUAACUUGGUUACUGCCGAUGACUGUCCUGCGGGAUCUUACUGCCCCGAGGGUACGGACGAGCCUAUCCCCUGCCCCGAGGGCACGUACAGCAAUGCAAUGAACCUUCAUAUGGAAAGUCAGUGUGUCAACUGUACUGGUGGCUAUCACUGUAACGAGACCGGUCUGACUGCCCCCGCCGGACAGUGUCAAGAAAGAUACUACUGUCCCUCUGGUUCAAGGUCGGUGACGGAGGCCCUCUGUCCAAUUGGUCACUUCUGUGGUGUUGGUACUGAGUAUCCAGACCAGUGCACAAACGGAACAUUCUCAGACGCGACUGGACUGGCAUACAACUACGAGUGUGCAAAUUGUACAUCUGGAUACUACUGUAACGGAAAUGGACUUACGAAUGUCACAGGGCCUUGUAAAGCUGGUUACUACUGUCCGUCAGGAUCCAGCGUGGAGACUCAGAUCAUCUGUCCGGCGGCCACGCAUUGUCCCGAGGGUACCGGAACUCCUCAGUACUGUCCAGACGGCUCGUUUACGGACUACGACGGAGCCUUCGUCUGCGAUGUGUGUCCUGAAGGUUACUACUGUAUCCCUGAGUUAGUGACUCCUGGUGUAGCAUCUACUGCCAAGACUCUGUGUCCCGAGGGAUUCUUCUGUCCUAACGGAACAGGACACAACUUUCAGCCCUGUCCAGCUGGAACCUUCAACAACGUUACCGGGCUACAGAAGGCAGAGGAUUGUAUGCCAUGUACGGAGGGAAAAUUCUGUCAAGGAACAAACUUGACCGCCCCCUCAGGCCUCUGUAUGGGCGGUUACUACUGUGUGUCUGGGGUUGAUCGUGCCAACCCACUUAUGCUGAACGACACCCAAUGUCCGACUGGCACUGUUCACCCAAUCAUCGGUCAUGAAUGUCCAGCUGGUCACUACUGUCCCGAGGGAUCAGACAAUCCCAUUGGCUGCCCAGCAGGCUCCUACCAAGACCUAACCAAUCAGAUCAAUUGUAAGAGCUGUCCAGAAGGCCAUUAUUGCUAUGCCAACACGUCAGACUACACUCCUAACGUGUGUCCAGGCGGCUACUACUGCGGCCUAAAUACAACUGACCCCUACAUGUUACCAUGUCCACCUGGUAGCUAUAACAAUCUGACCACGCAGCAGACCAUUGGCUCCUGUGUGCCCUGUACUCCAGGCAUGUACUGCCAAGGCGACGGGAACGCCUACCCCACAGGGAACUGUUCGGCGGGCUGGUACUGCACUAACGGGUCUUACGAGGCUCAGCCGUCCUCCAACGGUGGGGAAUGCCAGGUUGGAUUCUUCUGUCCAGAGGGGUCGUAUGCCAUGCAGAAUUGUACGCCUGGGAAACACUGUCAGACUACCGGCCUUCCUCUGCCUACCAAUGACUGUGAUGCUGGAUACUACUGUCCAGGGGGCGCCACCUCGGCCAGAGAAAUCAUCUGUCCUGUCGGCCACUACUGUCCAAUUGGAACUGAUCUCCCAAACGCCUGUAGGAAUGGAACGUACGCCUCCACAGUAGGUCUACAGAGUGAAGGAGAGUGUACGGAGUGUGACCCUGGCUACUACUGUAAUGGGACCGGUCUCAGUGCCACCACCGCACAAUGUGAUGCUGGUUACUACUGCCCUGGGGGACAGAGUGUACCGGAUCCCUCUGACUACCGCUGUACUCCUGGCCACUACUGUACCGUGGGUACAGGUACACCGUACCGCUGUGCCAGCGGCGAGUACCAGAACGAGUACCAACAGUCCACCUGUAAACCGUGUCCAGCAGGUUACUUCUGCGACAGCAGUGUAGAGGCAGUUGGAGAACUGACCAAUAACAGCUGUCCACAGGGUUUCUACUGUCCAGCAAUGACCAAUCUGUCCAGCCAGUUUCCAUGUCCAGCUGGUACCUAUAACAAUCGUACUGGACUGACCGUUGAGGUAGAUUGUCAGGUUUGUCCUCCUGGCAAGUACUGUCAGGCCACAGGGUUACCAGAGCCGGAAGGUGACUGUUUCGCAGGAUAUUACUGUAACGGAAGUACGACCGAGCCGACACCCACUGAAGGUCGUUGCCCUAUAGGAAGCUACUGUCCCCUUGGGAGCUACCAGCCCAUUCCCUGUCCAGACGGGACCAUUGCAUCCAUCGCGGGCAACACGCAACUCAGUGACUGUGAGCCUUGUAAACCUGGCAACUACUGCACACCUGACAGCUCCAGAAACGGCUAUAGUUUACCAUGUGACGCUGGCUACAUUUGCCUGAAUGGAUCAAACGUGCCCACUCCUACCGACGGAAUCAUCGGUUACGAGUGCCCAGCGGGACACUACUGCCAGUCGGGAGACGUUAAGGAAACCUUGUGUGAGGUUGGAACGUAUGCACCUAGCACUAAACACGCGGAGUGUCGUGAAUGUCCUGAGGGUCGGACAUGUCCCUACCAGGGUAUGAACUACACAGAUAUAUGUCCGGCUGGCUACUUCUGUGCUAAUGGAACGUCCGACAAUGGUCAACCAUGUCUCAUAGGUUCCUACAGUUCGCUGACAGGCCUAAUUAACUCCUGGGACUGUCAGGGCUGCCCACCCGGGAAGUUCUGUAACGCCACAGGUCUGGGAAGCCCUGCUGGAGAUUGUAUGGCCGGAUAUCUGUGUAUUGAAAACGCCACACAAGCGGCACCUAAUGAUGCACUCAAUAAGGCAUGGCCAGCUGGUCAUUAUUGCUUAGAAGGCGGUGUAACAGCUGAGCCGUGUCCACGAGGAACUUUCCGUAACCAAUCUGGUGGUGGUGUUCUCGCUGACUGCUGGAUGUGUUCCGGAGGUUACUACUGCCAGAACGAGGCUCUGACCACUCCCACCGGUCUUUGUGCAGAGAGGUACUACUGUCCCGAGUCGGCCAACAUCAGCACGGCCACACCCACAGAUUACAUCUGUCCGACAGGAAACUAUUGUCCUGCGGGCACAGCUGAUCCAGAACCUUGUGGAGUUGGUACGUACCAGCCUCUUUCUGGCCAGCUUGACUGUAUAUCCUGCCCCAGUGGCUUCAGCUGUAUGGUCAACACUAGCACCCCAGAGCCGUGUCCAGCCUAUUCCUACUGCCCUAACGGAACUUCUGACCCCUUCCUGUGUCAUAACGGAACUUACACCCUCGCCACUGACACCGGACUGGAGAAAGCAGAGGACUGCAAGGAAUGUGAAGCAGGAAAGUACUGUGUUGGUGGCCGUAUUGCCGGGGACUGCUCUGCCGGAUAUCUGUGUCUGAAAGGUCAAAGUGUUCCAACUCCUCCAGAUGAAAACCGCCCUAGUGGUGGAAACUGUACCUACGGAUUCUACUGCCCCGCAGGAACCACCUCUGUACAGGCUUGUCCCUCUCUGCGGUUUAUAAACUGGGAGGGAGCGGCAUCAGCUGCUGAGUGUGACGUCUGCCCGGGCGGCUUUAUCUGUCCCGAUAAUUCAACUGUGUCCGAACCAUGUCCAGCUGGAUUUUACUGUGAGGUCAGCAAGGCUGUAGCCGCCUGUCCUGAAACGACCUACAACCCGGUGCAAGGGGCAGAUGACUCUAGCUACUGUCUGCCGUGUCCUGCUGGGUACUUCUGUAACACCACAGGGAUGGCCAACUACACUGUGAGCCCCUGUCCUACAGGAUGGUACUGUACCAACGCUACUACUGCACCCCAGCCCUGCCCCCCGGGCACAUACAGAGAUGCGAUAGCGGCAGGAAGUGAUGCCGACUGUGCUCGAUGUCCAGCAGGCUUCAUGUGUUCCAACUUCAGCAUGUCGUACGGAGGAGACCAAUGUACCACCGGCUAUUACUGUCCAGAGGGGUCCCACAACGAGACCAUCUGUCAGGCCGGGUAUUACUGUAACAGAUCCAUGUCCCAGGUCCCCUGUCCCCCGGGCUACUACUGCCCAGAGGGAUCAGCCACGCCCAUGCCCUGCCCCCAGGGUCAUUACUGUGAGAAACUAGACGACUGUAAUAUGACAGAUGCAGGUGCCAUAGAGCCAAUCAAGUGCCCCUUGGGUUACAAAGAAAAAGAUGCAGCUCCGCGUGAAUCAUUCGCAGAUACAUGUGAAGCGUGUAAACCAGGAACAUUCGGUGCUGACCCUAAUCGUGCUGUGUGUGCUGCCUGUCGUGCAGGCGUCGUCUGUUUGACACUUGCCAUUACAGAUGAACCAGGAGACAACUCCAGUGCUUACUAUGGGGUCAACGCAACCAAUUCCUACCCCUGUCCAGAAGGUUACUACUGCCCAGAGGGAAGUGCAGAACCGACAGCUUGUCCAGCAGGGCGAUUCCGUUCCUCACAAUACGGAGGAAGUGUUGCUAACUGUGAACAGUGUCCUGUAGACCACUUCAAUCAUCUAACAGGACAGAAAGCCUGCUUUGUGUGUGGUAGUAAGGCUAGCCAGUCUCUCACCGGACAGCCCACGUGUACAUGUUUAGGAUCAGGGCGGGACUUCCAGGAAAGUGAUCGUGAAUGUGUAUGUGCUGCUGGGUUCCUUGAGGUGACCAGCUCUACAACAUCUUCCGACUGCUACAAACAAGUGUAUGACCUCUGUACAUCUGGAGCUACUAGAACUCAGCACGGCCGAUGUUUUACACCUGACCAAUGGCAGACAUACUGUAUGAACGAGGUUUGCCCUACUAAUGAGUAUGUGGGUUACGAUCGUCUGCUGGGGAUGUGUCUGUGUAAGACCGAUGACCUUGAGGAGGUGUGUGACCUUGAGUGUCGCUUAGCCCAGAAGCAAACUAUCGUAUUAGCCUGUGCUGCAGAGCCACUGAAUGUACAUGUUAUUGUCCGUGAUUCGAAUAACAAUAUUUUGACUGAAAUUGAUACACAGUACCUCACAAAGAUUAUCAACUCUCGGAACGCACUUUCCUCGGAUCAGUGUACCGCUAGAGAUGACUCGGAAAUGCAAAUCAAUGUUUGUCAGUUAAGUAGCCGGGGAUUCCUUGGUGUGUACGCUCCUGACCCAACAGAGUUGAUAGGAAUGUUGACUGCCAACAGCAAGGGAAACUACACCGGAAAUAUUACUGUGGACAGCGGUGUAUAUGGUCGCCGUCGGUUACUGGCAUCUUCCAGCGUGGCCGGAUCCCUCUUCACUGGAAUUGAGAACCCUGUUGUCUGUCUGGCAAACGGAGAGAUCAUGUUAUUUAGUGUUACCAACACUUACUACCCCAUCUAUGACAAGAACAACCUUUUCAACACAAACGGAGCGUUUGACUAUGGCGGAUUCCGUACAAUGGUGGAAGCUGCAGCAGUCACCGCUACGUCGGCAACAUUGUUCUCCUACCAGUUCAACGACCCAGGCGUAUACGUGUUCUACCUGAGCACCGACUCCACGAAGAAAAUGUAUAUCCGAGUGAUGCAGACUAGUGCCCAGUGCUCACAGACUGGUCCCUACUUCCCUGCGACGUCCUCAAGUAUCAUUGCUAAUGGUAUCGCCACGGCAUCUGACAUCCUACAGGCUCCAGACUGGCAGGUCAUCUUCAUCAUCUUUGGAGUCGCACUUCUGGCUAUGGUCAUCAUGAUGCUAGCACUGUUGCUGUUCCGCAAAUAUGGGUGGUCAAAGGCCUCCUAUCUAUUCCCCUUCUACCGUAAGGUGACGAGGAAAUACAACUUUGACGACUACGCCAGUAAGGGAUCCACGGUCCAUCCGGUCCGUAAAUACCACCGUAACAUGCAUGCCAUCACCCGCGGCAACGGACCACCUGACAAUGACACCUUGGCAGUUCUUGAUGCGACUAACAUUGACGUGAAGGAUGAUGACUUCUGGGAUUACGACAGACAAGUCGACCUGGAGGCGUUUAACACCCGUACUCUGUACGACACGCUCUCCAAACAGUCUCGAGGAGUAACCACGACGAUCAGUAAACACAAGGAUGAGAUGAAGCAAAUGUAUGGUAGAAUGGCCAAUCAAAAUGAGUCUCUCAAAGGCUUAUGGGCUGCCAAGAUGAAUUUGAAAGGCAAAGCAGCAUUGGCUAGUGAUGAAGACCUGGCAUCUUAUGACACCAAGUUACACAUGCUGGAGAUUGAACUGGAGAGACGGAAGGAUGUUGGUCAGAAGUUUGAACUGAUACUUAGAAGGCAGAACCUUCUAAUGGAGGACGAUGAGAAAGCCAGGGAGGAUCACCAGGUGAUGUUCCAGGCAAGUCUACGAGAAAGUGUACGGACACUGAAAGAGUAUGCCAUCCAACUCCAGCAGAGCGCGACCAGCGAUGGAGAACUGAACCGUGAAGCCCAGCUUACCCUUAACACAAGAAUCGAAAUGCUGCUCCACAAAAUGUCUGAUGAAAACAGAAAAGAAUGCCAGAGGACAAGUGCCUGGGGCGUGCUUGGUCAGGGCACCGGAGGACAGCUACUGAAACCUGGCAAGAGCUCUCCUAUGAGGAGGGAGGAAUUGAUAGGGUCUGAUAUGAGCAUCAAAGCCGGUGAUCUAAUCACCAUGGACAAAACAACAGGAUUACUCCGACCCAAAUCAGGAACAAAGAUGGUCCUUGGCGACGGAAGCAUCGUCGAGGUGCCCUCUGACUAUUUUGUCCACCCCCAGACAGGCCAUGUGCUUCCUAUACAAGGAAAUGUGGCUUUUGACCCCGUGACCUCUAGACUUGUGUUUGUCGUAGAUGCAGCUACAGGUGAGGCUGCUAGAUCCGAGGAACCGUUCAUCCCAUACGUACCCUACCCAGUGAGUCGUAAAUCUGGACAACCUGUUGCCACGCCCCUCAAACCUAUUGAACACAAAAGUGACCUCAAGUACGGGUCACCAAUGUUUGACCCCGUGACCGGACUACAUGUGCCCAUCAUGUCUAUGACCAUACAUCCCCAGACCGGGGCUGUCUUACCUAUCGGCAGUACCCACAUUGAUCCUGUCACCGGCAUGCCUACCCCAAUGGAGGUCGGCUCCCUCAUGGUGGAUCCCAACUCUGGACAACCCGUACCCAUUCUGGCCGUCUCCCUCGACACGGAGUCAGGAGACAUAGUCCCUGUCGGAGGAACCAAACCUGGAGAUCGCGAUGGCCUUCCCAUAAUUCCAGGAGACUCUUUCGUUGAAUCCCUCAGUGGGAAGCUGGUGCGCAUUCAUGGCGGCUAUCUCAAGGACACAGCAGUGCUGCCAUCUGGUGGAGGUUACCAGGCCCUGCUCGACUCCAGUGUACUGGCAUGUGAGGCUCGAGCAAAUGAUGCUGUGAGGCAACACAAGGACGCUCUAAUGGCGGCCAAUGGUCCCAAUGUAAACAUACGCCAUGAAGAAUCAAUGCUGGACGCAGCUCUCAAAGAACUAGAGAAGGCUCGGGGAAGGUCCAGGGCUUACUUGCUUCGCAGCCAACAUGACAUCCAGCGACGUCUCGAUCGCGCCUCCAUUCUGGCUGCCACUGGUGGAUGUCCAGGAAUGUAUGAAUUUUCGAAGACUGGACAGCUACUUCCUAUCCUGGUGGGAACGAUGAUGCAGGAUCCCGCUGGCUCAGGACAGGAAGUGCCGAUUUUGGGGGCGGAGAAAGAGAAGAAGACAAAUAAUAUUAUCCCUGUAGGAGGCACUAUGGAGGAUCCUGAGGGAGGAGGUCUGGUUCCGAUUGCCAUUAGCAGAAAGGCUGUUGAUCCUGUAACAGGGGAGAUAAGUCCAGUUAUAGGGGUCCGGCUGAAUCCUGAAAACAGUUUAGCGAUUCCGAUCACACUAUCCACCGGUGGACCACGCAAACGCAAACCUCCACCUGGAGCUCUCGCAAUGCUUGAGGAAGAAUUGGUAGCUCGGCGCGGAUUCUGGCGACGCCAGCGACAGAUGGAACGAGAGUUGACCACCAAGGAACAUCUCUUGGCCCAACAGCUGCUUUUCGAUAUAGACUCAGUGACGACAAAAACUCUCGAACGAUUCUUGGAGGAGAUUGAUAAUGGAACCCAUCAGUUGUUGGAGGCUGAGAAGCGAGAGGUACAGCGCAGAGGGGGUGCUGAACAGGAGUACGCCACCAUUAUACCACCAGAGGUCAUAGCAGUCCUGUUACAAGGAGAUCCCAUGGAACAUCAGAUGGAGGAAGGACACGUCGCUGCUCAUGUGAAAUUCUGUGACAUGCUGCGACGAUUUUUUGGCAAACUUCAGAGUGAAGAGAGGAAUUAUCGGGACAGGAUUAAUGAAUUGGAAGGGGCUUUGAACCCUGACGCAGAGAACACAGUGUUACAGCGAUAUCGCCAGGCUAAAACUCGACUCCAGGCCGAGCUCCACGACCAUCUCACCAAUAAAAUGGAGGCUUUGGAUGAAGCUCACUCAGCCCUUGAGUAUGCAAGGGAGAGAUCAGAACUAUGUGCAAUAGAGGCCAAGAUUGUCCUGACACACGCUGGACUACUGGCCGGGGACUAUGAUUGUCAGUUGUCGGGUGUCUAUGGCGAUGUGUACUCGCAAGGCGGCAAUGACUCAGAACUUGUACCAUUACUGAAACAGUUGAUAGCUAUGCUGGAAUCGGGUGGGCCUUUCGUCCUGUCACCAGAACUCCUCAACCUCAUCAACAUGGGAACAGGGGGAACUGGAGGUAUGACCAACAAUGUAACAAACAUGAAAAUAGACGGAGGUCACAUGGCAGGAGGGUCAUCAGGAGACCAGUCAAGGUCGGGAGAUCAAAGGUCACAAGGUCAAAAGUCAGGAGGUCAAGGACAAGGUGGAGUACAACACGUGUCACAUGUCAAAUCUGGAGGAGAUCACAAGACCAUCAUACAUGGUGACACAACUGUUUUCGGAUCAAAGGGCAAAGAUCAAAGUGAUCAGUCUGCCCUUGACAAGUCAAGGGCAGCUUUUGAGAAACAGGCGUAUGAGGCAGCAAAGCUAGAGAAUGACUUAAAGAGGACAGAGAUGGAUGGAAUCAAUGGUACUUUGGAGGAGUUUGAGAAGAAGAAGGAGAAUUCUACUGAUCGGGCUAAGAGAGAGCUGGAGAAGAUGUUGCUGAAGGCUCGGUCUGAGGAGGAGAAAGAAAAGUUGAUGAUGCAGCAUGCUGAAGACAUCCAAAAGCUCAAUGAAGCUUUUGAGAAACAGAAACUCAAACAACUUAAGAACUUACGCAAACGUCUUAUGGAGGAACGUCGUCAGAAAAAGAAAGACUUACACAAAAAGCACUUAGGUGAGGCAGAGUCGCAGGAUCUUCCAGCGGCGGCAGUUCCAAACAUUCACAUGCCAUCUUAUGAGGAGCUGAAACAGGAGUUGCUACGGUUACAACAGCUCCAGGAACAGAUGUGGGCAGACAUGAGGAAGGGAGGCAUGGAAGCGGCUGGCAACGUACCAGCGGUCGACAUUGACCCAGAGUUUGAACGACAGAUCCAUGCCAUGGAUCUUACUAAAGCACAGAAAGAGGAAUUGAUCAAUUCUACACGAACACGGAACAACAAGCUCCACAAACAAAUUGAGGAUAUGAAACAGAAGUUACAGGACAGAAAGAACAGGAAGGCUGGCAUGAGGCUACUGGAGGAUGAGGACUUGGAGGGAGUGAGUGAGGAAGAGAAGAGGAAGUUACUGGAGGCAAGAGGUACAGAGGAGGAUGCUGACAGACUCAUGGAAGACGUGGCCAUCCUAGAUUCCCUCGUCGCCAUGGAGAAGGAGCAACAGAGACGAAAUGAAGAGAAGGCAAUGCAGGACAUGCUGAAAAAUGUGAAUGCAGAGGAUCGCGACCGUAUCAUGACAGAGUUCAACGAACACAUGAGACAGCUAAACAGUCGCCGUGACGACAACAGGUCUGAGGCUCACGACAAGAUGAAGGCUAAGCUGGCAGCCAAAAAACGCAUGAGGGAAGAACUGGACAAAGAAAGGGCAGUCAACAAAGAGCUUGACCAUAUCACCAAGACACAUGCUGCCCAGGGUGACACGGAAACGGCAAAUGUGAUGAUGCAGAUCAACAGCAAGGUGAACAACGACAAACUGACUGCGGAACAACAGAAGCUCGUCGACCAGCAGCUCCGAGAACAGGAGGAGAUGGAGCGAAGACAGAAGGACGAACUGAGGAAAGAGAAACGAACCAUUGACGACAACGCAGCUCAGGAGGAACAGAAUAUAGAACAUCAGAUCAAACAACAGAAACAACUGGCUUUAGCCGCUCACAAGAACAAGUUUGACCGUGACGUGACGUUGCAUCACAAGAAUUUGAACGAGGCAGAGUAUGAGAAAUUGUUGACAGCUCAUAAGAAGGAAAUGGACGCUCUGGGCGAGAAUCUGGACAAAGAGAAAGAUCGACAGAAGAAUGCGCUGGCAGACAGAAUCGAGAAGAGGAAGAGAUUGAGGACUGAACAGCUGCAACAGACACACGACAUUGAGAUGACGAGGGAGAUGUCACGACAACAACAGGAACGCGACAAGGUCAACGAAAAAAUUGCACGCAACGUGGAAAACUCAACUCUGGUGGAAAGUGUCAAGGUCUUGAACAAGGGGAGGAAGGGAAAGAAUAAGAACAGCGAGCAGGCAGAGAACAUGGUCUACUCCGUGUUACGACAGCGCCACCUGAAGGAGGCUAUCCAUCUGGAGGAUCAACUCGCUCGUGAGCUAGAAGCCAUGAGGAAGAAGGCCUGUAUCGAAAUUGAUGAAAGACGCCAGAAAGAGAGAGAUGGUUUAUUGGGAACAUUUGAACAGGAAAUGCGUGAUCUGAUAGCUAGUGCUGGGGACAUGUCACCGGAGGAGUUAGCUAGGAGGAAAGAACAGCUGAAGAAACAGCAGGAGAAAACAUUGAAGGACUUCGACAACUUGACAACACAGCUGAUCACACAGGCAGAGAAGGAGACGACGCCCCAACAGGAAGUACAACAGAUGUACGCCCGCCUGGAACUCAAGGAAAAGCAGCUACAGGAGCUAGCGGACGCCAUGAAGCGGUACUCGCCCAGCGAGGAACUGUACAAACAAUACCAGGAGGAGGCUCGUCUGGCCAUGGAGGAAGCCAAACACUACAAGAACGAGAUUAUGAGGCGGAUGCAGGAGGAACUCGAGAGACGUAAGGCGGAGGAGAAACAACGAGAGGAGGAGAGGAAGAGGGCCCUGCUGGAAAAACUAAGACAAAUGGAGAAAGAUUUGGAGAAGGAGGAAGAAUUAGAAGCUCAGCGAGCUCGUGAGCGUGAGGCAGAGAAAGAAAGGCUGAGAAAACAACAACUGGAAGAACGUGAUCGAAGACAGAAGGAUGACAUCAAGAAAUCUAACAUAAGUGAAGAUGAAAAGACACGCCUACUUCGGGAGCACGAAGAGAACAUGGCAAGACUGAAAGAAAUGAUGCAGAAGGAUCACUCCAAGAGCAAAGACACACUAAAGGCACGUCUGAACGCCAGGAAACAACGACGACUCGCCGGAGAACGAGCUAAGCUUGAGAAAGAGAGUUUGAUGGACAGUAACCGGGAUCAACAAGCGAAUCUUAUCAGGAGACAACAGGAAGGUAUGCUGCAGAGCAGUCUGCCAAAGACGGCUGACAAAGACCAGUUUGGAUUGGCUGCUGUACCGACUCCAGCCUCCUCAUCAACACCGGGUGGAUUUACUUCAACAGGCAACGCGGAGCAGGAUUGGGUGAACAUGUUGAUGAUGUCACCACUGUUUAAACAAAUCAACGACUUGGCCGACAUGUUGAAUGACAGUGACAGUGGAUCAGGAUCAUUAGACAGAGUCCUUGGUGCGGAUUACUCCCGGUCAUACAUUGACGUAAAGGAUGCCCAGUGGGAAUCUAAGGGUGACCUUGCCCCCGUGAACAUAAACAGUAUUUCCCCUAGUCAGUUUGUUGUGUACCGCUUCGGUGUGUUCAUGAUCCGAAUGCUUCAUCAAACAAUCGGAACACCGGAGGUCAGUCUACUUUUGGCAUCAAAUCUUCCGAAAAACAAUUACGACCGCAACGCCUUCAGAAAUUCAGUUCACUUUGAACAUGCUCGUAAGAUCUUGUUUGUGCGUCGUGAGAGGAUGGAGUCCAUUGGUGAAUUUGUUGUAGUGAUUUUACAUUCCCUGGCUCAUAUCAAAUCUGGAGACAUGACGGACGACAGCAACACGCUGUUCAUGAGGGAAUUCUACAAGGGAUUGAGAGUUAUCUGCCAGGAUAUGUUCUUCUCAAGGGCCAGAAACACACCAGCAACACAGGGUCUGAUUGGCUCAACAUCCACCAAUAGCAGAGUGGCUCUCGAACAGGCUUUGGGAAGUGUCAAAAACCAAGAUGAAAAGAUUCUUAUGAUUGAUGAGUUAGUUGACAUGAAAAUUGAAGGACCAACAAGACUUGACUUCUCAGAUCAGCAAAUGUCCCAGAGAUUGUACGGAUCAGAGACAUUGGCCAGUAAUGCACGUCUACGACAGUAUCUGUCAUCGAAGGGAGGAGUCCUAGCGUCCAGCGACUUUGUCAGCUCUCGGAUGGCAGAACUUAAAGGGAUAACAAGUCCAACGCCAUCUCCAAGACCAAGCCCAUUAAGACGACAGCGGAUUGUGGCCCCCAUGAAGUCGCCUAGGGACGUCCUUGACACUCAGCUGGUUGACAUGGAGACACGGAAUGAUGCAAUGAACAAAGAUCUGGCAGAGGCCAUGGUAUCUGAAGCCGACUUGAGGCAGGGAAUCAAAGAGCUGGAACAGGAUCCGUCCGCAGGUGACCGGCUAGGUCAAGCUCGUGACCAGCUAGUGACCGUACUUGCCAAGAAAAAUGAUCUGCUGAAGCGGGUAUCGUGCCUUGAAGCUGACAUUGCAAAGAAAGAAAAAGAGCUCAAAUCUAAGAGGAGAUAAAUGUGAUUUGAACUAAAGACUUCGGCCCAAAAAUGUUGAGAUCUAUUUGAGGAUGUAUUGAGUUUUCUCUGUC